AUGUCUAUCAAUAGUAAUUCAGGAAAUUAUACCAGAUUAAGAAGAAAAAAUUCUAAAAUUGUUACUAUUUCUGCUGAAAAAGAGAGAAAUCUAUCUAUUAAAAAGGUAUCGAUCAUCCUUCAAAAAGAUGAAUCAAAAAGAACUAAAGAGGAAAAAGAAUUACUUUUUAAUUACUCUGAAAUAGUGAGAGAAGCAUCAAUUAGAAUAGAAAACAGAAAAAAAAUUAAGGAGAGAUUAAAAGAAAUUGAAGACACUGAAGUAGUUUUAGAUGAUAAGUGUAAAAAAUUAGCUGAAGCCAUAUCAAAAUCAGAAUAUCUGGUUGUUUAUACUGGAGCAGGAAUCUCGACAGCUGCAAGAAUUCCAGAUUACAGAGGAGCUUCUGGAAUUUGGACGCUAUUACAGCAGGGAAAAGAUAUAGGUACUCAUGAUCUCACUCAAGCUGAUCCUACAUAUACUCAUAUGGCAUUGUUUCAAUUAUAUUCACAAGGAAAAUUAAAACAUAUUGUAUCUCAAAACUGUGAUGGUCUACAUUUAAGAAGUGGUCUUCCAAAAAAAGCUUUAUCUGAAGUUCAUGGCAAUAUGUAUAUAGAGGUUUGUAGGUCUUGUCGUCCCAUAAUGGAAUAUUUAAGAAAUUUCGACGUAACUGAAAACACAGCUCGCUACAGUCAUAAAACAAUGAGAAAAUGUUACAAGUGCAAUUCAUCUCUUGUCGAUUCUAUAGUACAUUUCGGUGAAAGGGGAAACUUACCAUGGCCCUUAAAUUGGAAAGGGGCUUGUAAGGCUGCAGAAAAGGCUGACAUGAUUCUUUGCAUAGGUUCAAGUCUAAAGGUUUUGAAAAGAUAUCCUUGGUUGUGGUGCAUGGACAAACCGGCAAAACGACGCCCCAGCAUUUACAUAGUAAAUUUACAGUGGACUCCUAAAGAUUGCCAAGCCAUUAUUAAAAUAAAUGGAAAAUGUGAUAUUGUUAUGGAAAAACUAAUGAAACACUUGGCAAUAACUGUUCCUAAAUAUUCUAGAAAUUCAGAUCCCAUUAUAGAGCAUGCAACUGACUUGUGCAAAGAAGAGCAACACACAGCGAAUAGACCAUUUCUUACCAAUAUAAAAACAGAGUCUAUUGAUUUUAAAGAAAUCAAAGUGGAAAAGUGUGUCAAUGAAGGGAAUAAUGAAAUUUUCGAUUGUAGUGCAAUAAGUGAAGAAAAUAUAAAAAAAGAAAAAAUUGAAUCUUGUGUUACGUCGUGUAAAAAAGAAGUACUCAUAGAUACUGGACAAGGAGAAAAUGUCAAUUACAUAAAAAAAGAACUUAUCGUUAUAACAAUUAAAUCAGGAGAUGAUUUUAAGGACUGCUGCCCAUUGUUUAAAGAUAAUCAAAAUCAUGACUGUGAUUCAAAUGACGUGCCAAUGUUAUUAUCAAAUAACGAUAGCGAUCUCAAAAAUGGUAACAAGCAUUUAAAAAGAAUGAGGGAUUUGGAUGAAGCGGAAAACGAUAAUAAAAAAACAAAAUUAAACAAUUUGCCUCGGGGUGAAAAGAGGAGUCAAAGUGAAAUUUUUUCGGAUAAUUUAAAAAAUACUCAGUCGGUAAAAGAUGCUCAAAAAAAUGAGACUAAAAAUAGCAAUAAAGAGAAAAAAAAUAAAACGGAGCCGCCGGAUAAAAAAUUGGAUUUGAAAGAAAGUCUCAAAUGCGAAUUUUGUUCGGAACGUUUCUUAUCAAAAUCUUGUUUGUUUUACACAAAAAGAAAACCGUUUUUUAAAGAUGACGUACCCGCGUGCGAUUGUUGUUCCAGCGGUGAAGAAGAAUUGGACGGGGAAGAUUUCGACGAGAAAACAAACAACGAUUUGCAAAAAGUAUCCGUUAAUCCCGGUUGGUACGGUAAAGGUAUCCGGAAAAACGUGAGAAAAAAACGGUAG